AUGAGAAUUGAAAAAAUCACCAUGGAUAGUAGUGAGAGUAAAAAGGAGAAAAAGGAGAGGAAGAGAGCGGCUAAGGAACUCAAGGAGUCGAAGCGUAGAAAGGUAGACACUUCUGUGGAGAAAGACUCAAGCGAAAAUGAAGAAAAUGACGAGCUUGAAAUCGACUUGAGUGCGAGAGUUCCAUUGUCCAAGAAACAACAGAGAUUGCUCAAGAAGGGUAAGCUUAACCUAGACAAGCUCGACAAAAAGCACCCCGCUCCCAAGCCCGAGAAUGAGGAAGAAUCUGAGAAGGAAAAGAAGAAAUCUGAAUUUGGAGUGUGGGUUGGAAACCUCUCGUUUGACACCACCAAAGAAGAUCUUGUUCGCUAUAUAGUGAGCAAGACCGAAGACAGCGAGCCCAAGGUUACUGAAGAGGAUAUGAGUCGAGUCAACAUACCUAAAAAAGACGGAAAAAUCAAAGGUUUUGCAUACAUCGAUCUUCCAAGCAGUGCACACGUUGACGCUGUAGUCGCAUUGAGUGAAGGUCAUCUUAAUGGCCGGCGAAUGCUUAUAAAGAGUGCUAGCUCGUUUGAGGGCCGGCCAGAGAAACCGCUCUCCAAGAAUCCUCCAUCGAGAAUCUUGUUUGUUGGUAAUUUGUCGUUCGACACCACAUCCGAUUUACUAGAGGAACAUUUUAGACACUGUGGUGAGAUAAUCAAGAUACGAAUGGCUACGUUUGAAGAUAGCGGCAAGUGUAAAGGGUUUGCGUUCAUCGACUUCAAGGACGAAACCGGACCCACCACUGCACUCAAGUCGAAAUUAGCGAAAAAGCUCAUCAACCGGCCAUUGAGACUUGAAUACGGUGAAGACCGGUCAAAAAGAACUCCGAAAAGAUUUGAAGGAAAAGAGAACCGAGGGGAAGAAUUUGGUGAGGUUCCGACUACACCCGAGCCUCAAGCUCCAAUUUCAGCCGUGCGCAGACCUACCGCUGCUAGAACCCGUACUCGUCAUGAGCCAGUUGCAAGCAGAAUGAAAUCUUCUGUCGCACUUGCUACAGCUCAACGUGCUAGUGCUGCAAUUGUACCAUCUUCCGGCAAAAAAAUCAAAUUUGACUGA